AUGGAUUCUGGCUGGCAACCGUACCAGGAUCCCUUGAUGGGUCGUCCCGCGCAGUUUAAUACUGGGUUGGCGUCUCAUCCCCAGCAGCUAGCCUCGAAAUACGGUCAGCCACCGCAAUCACAGCCCCCCGUCGGAUACACGUACGAGACUUUCCAAACUCCUGCACCCAAGGCCCCCUCGGUUGGCCCCAACUCCAAGACCAUCUCGAUGGCCUCGUCCCCGACCGCCACGCCACGUAGUCGGGAUUAUGUCACCGAUGCGGAUACCACCAUGGAGGACGCGGAUCCGUACAACCGAGCUAAAUAUCCCACGAGGCCAAACCAUCACAGUCGCGCUUCAUCCCAAUUCCUGGCCCAAACCGAGGAGUCGUCGGCUGCUCGCAGGUAUUCGCCGAUGAACGCCCUGUCGCCGCCGAUGUCAUACCCUACCAGCCCUGGGACAUCCCAGGGCUCAUACGGCUUCUCGCCUGCGGGUCAGAACCCUUCUCAGCGCUCGCCCGCAAGAACAUCCGACUACUCCUCGCCCCCACAGGGUUACCAGUCGCCGCCAUCGAUUCGGCCCCCAAGACUUCCUCCGCUCCAAUCCGCCGACCUCAGUCCCGAACAAUACUAUCCCCCAUCGGCCUCGUCGCACAUGGGCGCGGCAUUUGGUCCAGGUUCGCGAUCCCCUCGCUCAGGGUCGUUACCGUCGCAAACCCCCGGUCGCGGUCCGGUGCCGAAGUUCCAAAAGCUCAAGUCGGUGCAAGAGCUCCAGCCGAGGAUGAGUGUUCAACCUGCCUAUCGGCGCGCCAAUCCGGAAGGUGGUUUUAUUAGCCCCUUGCAAGCGUUGACGACGCACCUUCCGGCAACUUAUCGCAUUUGCAAUCCGGGAUUCAACUACGAGUCAUCGCGAAAUCCGCGACGAGUAUUGACCAAGCCGAGCAAGGGAGUCAAGAACGAUGGCUACGACAACGAGGACAGCGAUUAUAUUCUCUAUGUGAACGAUAUUCUUGGUAGCGAGGAAGCUGGUCACAAGUAUGUUCCUCGUGUUUCUCUCCCUAUCGUUCUAUUAUCUGACUGGAAUUCUAGGAAUCGCUACCUCAUCCUUGACGUGCUAGGCCAGGGUACAUUCGGACAAGUGGUGAAAUGCCAGAACCUGAAGACCGGAGAAGUGGUGGCUGUCAAGUGCAUCAAGAACAAGACAGCCUACUUCAAUCAGAGUAUGAUGGAAGUGUCAGUUUUGGACCUGCUCAACAGCAAAUAUGACAAGAACGACGACCAUCACCUCCUUCGUUUGAAGGACACCUUCAUCCACCGCCAGCAUCUUUGUCUGGCCUUCGAGUUGUUGAGUGUCAAUCUCUACGAGCUCAUCAAGCAGAAUCAAUUCCGGGGAUUGAGCACAACACUCGUCCGCGUCUUCGCGCAGCAGCUGCUCAACGCACUGAGCCUUUUAAAUAAGGCGCAUUUGAUUCACUGCGACCUGAAACCCGAGAAUAUACUCUUGAAGAAUCUUGAGAGCCCCAUCAUCAAGGUCAUUGAUUUUGGGUCUGCCUGCGAUGAACGGCAAACAGUUUACACUUACAUCCAGUCGAGGUUCUACCGCUCACCGGAAGUGCUCCUUGGUUUGCCCUACUCAUCCGCCAUUGAUAUGUGGUCCCUUGGAUGCAUUGUUGUUGAGCUUUUCUUGGGUCUGCCACUGUUCCCCGGGUCCUCAGAAUACAACCAAGUUUGCCGGAUUGUCGAAAUGCUAGGUUUACCCCCAACGUGGAUGUUGGAAAUGGGCAAGCAAUCGGGCGAGUUCUUCGAGAAGACCCAGGACGAGUUCGGGCGAAAGACCUACCGCCUCAAAAGCCUGGAGCAAUACUCAAGGGAACAUAACACGAAGGAGCAGCCCAGCAAGAAGUACUUCUCGGCUUCGACUCUGGAGGAGAUCAUCCGGAGCUACCCCAUGCCGAGGAAGAAUAUGAAACAAGCAGAGGUCGAGCGAGAGCUGAACAACCGAGUUGCAUUCAUCGACUUUGUCCGUGGCCUGUUGACGAUCAACCCGCUGGAGCGGUGGUCACCCCAACAGGCCAAACUGCAUCCAUUCAUCACCCAGCAGAAGUUCACUGGACCUUUCGUUCCUCCCAUGAACUUGAAAUACUCGACUAUCAACAAGACGGUAGCUCCCGGUGUUCAGCAGCAACAGCAGGCUGAAGCUGCUAGCAAGCAGAGAGCGGCACAGGCGGCACAUGCGCAGACGGCCUACUCCAUGCAGAUGAAUCAAUUCCACACGCCAACCCACGCGCAACCUCCGCCCAUGUACAAUGGGAUGUACCAGCAAGGAGCUCCGCCCCCGUACCCUACGCAGCCACCAGGCUACGGUCAUCAAAUGGGUUUGAUUCAGGGUCAAAUGCCCCAGCCCCAAUAUGGACCCUCCCAGAGUCUGUAUGCGCAAGCCACGACCCGCGCUGGCCGCCAACGUGCAUCCACCAUGGACCACCAAGGUGGGGGCAUUCCUCCCACAAUCCAGCGCGUUGCCAGCCACUUGGACCCCAAUGCCCCAAUUCGGUUGCAGCCUAGCCCUGCAUACUAUCCUCCGCCCGCUGAUGGCUACGUGGACGCGAGUGCCAACCAACGCCGACGUGGGAGUCGUGCCGGUGGCAACCAGCGUAACCGAGACUUCAUCCGCACUCUUGAAGAUGGCGUGCUGGGUGAAAGCUAUAUGGGCCAGAACCAAUGGCACUAG